AUCACGCAACGAUGACUCUUUUCAACAAAUCAUAAAGACAUUGGUACCCUAUAUUUUAUCUUCGGAGCAUGAGCAGGCAUAGUAGGGACUUCAUUAAGACUGGUAAUUCGUGCUGAAUUAGGUCAACCAGGAAGCCUCAUUGGUGACGAUCAAAUCUACAAUGUAGUUGUAACCGCCCACGCUUUUGUUAUAAUUUUCUUCAUAGUUAUACCCAUUAUAAUUGGAGGCUUUGGAAACUGACUUGUACCACUUAUACUAGGAGCUCCAGAUAUAGCAUUUCCCCGUAUGAACAAUAUAAGAUUUUGACUUCUUCCUUUUUCUUUAACAUUAUUAUUAACAAGAGGAAUAGUAGAAAGUGGAGUAGGAACUGGAUGAACUGUCUACCCUCCACUCUCAGCAGCAAUUGCUCACGCAGGUGCUUCCGUUGACUUAGGAAUUUUCUCGCUUCAUCUGGCUGGGGUCUCAUCUAUUUUGGGUGCAGUAAAUUUUAUGACAACUGCCAUUAAUAUACGAAGAAAAGGUAUAACAAUAGACCGAAUACCCUUAUUUGUGUGAUCAGUAUUUAUUACAGCAGUUCUUUUACUACUCUCGCUUCCUGUUUUAGCAGGAGCUAUUACUAUACUCUUAACAGAUCGAAAUUUAAAUACUUCAUUCUUCGAUCCAGCUGGAGGUGGAGACCCAGUUCUUUACCAACAUUUAUUCUGGUUUUUUGGACAUCCUGAAGUUUACAUUCUUAUUCUUCCUGCUUUUGGUAUAAUCUCCCACAUUGUAACACAAGAAUCCGGGAAAAAAGAAGCCUUUGGAACUCUAGGAAUAAUUUAUGCUAUGAUAGCAAUUGGAAUUCUUGGCUUCGUUGUUUGAGCACACCACAUAUUUACUGUAGGAAUGGAUGUAGACACUCGAGCUUAUUUUACUUCUGCAACAAUAAUUAUUGCAGUUCCUACAGGAAUUAAAAUUUUUAGAUGAUUAGGCACCCUUCAAGGUACCCAAAUCAAUUACAGUCCAUCACUUCUCUGAGCUCUUGGUUUUAUUUUUCUCUUUACAGUUGGUGGUCUUACAGGAGUAGUUCUUGCUAAUUCAUCUAUUGAUAUUAUUCUUCAUGACACAUAUUAUGUUGUUGCUCACUUUCAUUACGUUCUAUCUAUAGGUGCAGUUUUUGGCAUCUUUGCAGGAAUUGCUCACUGAUUCCCUCUAUUUACGGGCUUAUCUAUAAAUCCUAAAUGAUCAAAAAUUCACUUUUUAACUAUAUUUACAGGAGUAAAUAUCACUUUCUUCCCACAACAUUUCUUAGGAUUAAAUGGAAUACCACGACGAUACUCUGACUAUCCUGACGCAUUCACCGCAUGAAAUGUUCUAUCUUCAAUUGGAUCAAUAAUUUCUCUUGUAGCCGUUCUUAGAUUCAUCAUUAUUGUAUGAGAGGCUUUAGUAGUUAAACGAACAGUUAUAUUUUCUUUAUUCUUACCUACUUCGAUUGAAUGACAGCAUGCUUAUCCCCCAGCUGACCACAGUUAUAUAGAAAUCCCUAUAAUCACUAACU